GGCGGGCAAACGCAAGGAAGAGCGGCUACAACGACGGAAGCUCGACAAGAAACUGCCAUUUGAGGGGAGCCCGGAAUCCGGAAUCCCAAAGUGAAGUUUCGGCCUCUGGAGCGCGUUACCACCGGGAGAAGAGGCGGGGAAUAACGCUGCGCGGAAGUUAGUAAAGAUGUAACGACGCAAUUUGCCUCUUCCGAGCUGAAGGAAGCAGCGAAAGCCUUCCUUCCCGCCCGCCAGCCACCUCUCCCAUGCUCGAGUUCCGCGGCCUCCGGGUUUGCCACUCCUACGGGCGGCGGAUUUCGCCUGCCCGGGCGUGAGUGGAGGGCUUCAGUCUUCCUUUCGAAGGUCCGCUCAGGCUGGCCGGGGCGGACAUGGCCGGGCGAGCGACGGGAACCCCGGCCGAGAGGGCCGUGGCGGCGGCGGCGCCGGUCACGCGGCAGAUCGGGGACCAAAGCCCUUGGAGGCCGCCGGGAGAAGAGCCCGCGGAACUCCGCGACGCCGCCCGGUGUCUGGUGGUGGACGCCGCUGGGAAAGCCCUUCCCUUCGGGAGCCUCUACAAGGAGCGGAAGGCGAUCGUGGUGUUUGUGCGGCAUUUCUUGUGUUACAUUUGUAAGGAAUAUGUGGAGGACCUGGGCAAAAUUCCUAAGAAAUAUUUACAAGAUGCAAAUGUCCAACUUAUAGUUAUUGGGCAAUCAUCACACCACCAUAUUAAGCCAUUUUGCAAUUUGACUGGCUAUCCUCAUGAAAUGUAUGUGGAUCCUGAGAGGGAAAUUUAUAAAACACUUGGCAUGAAAAGUGGGGAGACGUCUGUUACUUCAGUGCACAGCCCUCACGUUAAAUCCAACUGGCUCUCGGGAAGCGUUAAAAGCAUAUGGAGAGCAAUGGCAAGCCCUGCCUUUGAUUUUCAAGGAGAUCCUGCACAGCAAGGAGGGACUUUGAUUUUAGGUCCAGGUAAUGAAAUCCACUUUGUGCACCUGGACAAGAACCGGUUGGAUCACAUGCCUAUUAACACUGUUUUGCAACUUGCUGGAGUUCAAACAGUGGACUUCACCCAGAGAUCUAAAAUUAUCAAUGUGUGACUUUUCGGAAGUAGAAGGAUCUAGGUGGCAAGUUAAAUGUCGCACAUGAAAACUAUGUGCCACCAAACCAUUCAGGAUGAAGUUAAUGUAACUUUGCUGAAUAGAAGUUCUCUGGUUAUGAUUUAUUAGGCUUGCUUCCAAAGAAUGAGAAAAGAACCUCACACUAAGGAAGCUCAUGAAUCAGCGUGUGUGGCGGCUAACUUAGAAAUUAGCACCUCUGCUUGCCUGCCCAGUCACAGUCUGCUUAUUCUCAUGUUUAACAUUUAAGAAUGUACAGUAGUGCUUUGACAAUGAAGCAUUUGACAAAACUCAUGUUUAUGCACCUUCUGCACAAAAUGUUGUAUUUAUACUGCAGUCCUAUACCACAUACCUAUAAUUAAGCCCUGUUAAAUUUAGUGGCCAGUAUCCUGUUGUGUAGCUCUGUCUGCACAACAGGAAUGCCAUCACUGGCUGCAGGAGGUUGCUGCUAAUUCAGGAGUUCAUUUCUUGAUUUUGGGAUGGGUGUGAUUUUGGUAUCAUUGUGCAUGACUCUCACACACACCAAAAGCAGAAAAGGAGCUGUUUAAUUGCAGAAGUCUGCCAUAGCUGGUGAUGUCACAGCCAUUGUUUCGAUGGAGCUACAUGGCAAGAUACUAUCCAGUGGGUCUCACUUCUGACUAAACGUACCUAGGACUGUGCUUUAAGUGUUAGCUAUCACAAGCAGGGUAUAUGCAUUCCAUUCACAGCAAUUUGCUGAUAUGUUCAUUUUUAAGAUAAACAGAAAAGUAUGGACAAUUUAUAUAUUUUUCUCUCUCUGCAACCUAAUAAAAUGCAAUGCUUAGCUAGAGAUCUAAAUUAAAAAGUAGAUAACAGACAUUGCAAGAAGAUGGUAACACACCAUUGGGGAGUCUGUAUUCCUGUUGACAAAUACUGAUUUACACUCUGUAAGCCAUAUGAUCAACUGGAGAAAAAGUGCUUUCAUAACCAUCACCCAGGGACCAUGUAAUGUCUUCAGCUUUUUCACAGCAAUUAUGCAACAGGGCCUCAAUUUAAACUUGUUUACAAAGAUUCUUUAAGUUUGUUAAAUCUAAUUUUAAACCUAGUUGAUGGAAGAUUUGAGGAUUAUAAACUUUUGCUCAGUUUUGACUCCAAAUGACUACAAGAGAUUCCCAAUGCACUGAAAUAGUCUGUGGACAUAUUGUGGGAUAAGAUACAAAAUAGACAGUGCAAAAUGUGUGCAAUGUGUUUUUCAGCAUUUGCUAAGUGAAAAAUAAGUUUGUCUUCCAGCUGCCUAUUGUAUACCAGAAUGUUCCCCAUUAGCAGUACAGCCCUCACUGAAAGAUGCACUGAUUAAAGUGAGUUUGGAACAGACAGAAGCCUCUUGUGCCAGCUGGUCUCAGAGGUCUGACAGCAGAAGGCUCUGACAGCAGAAGUGCUGUGCUGGCUUAAAUCAGGCAGCAGAAGAACAAACAAAGCAGACAAAAAAGAAGAUAUGAAGAAGAGGUAGGGUGAAAGAGGAGCAAGGUUAUGCCACAUCCAGACUCCACUAGCCCAGAGACAUAGCAUUAGUGACAUAGCAAAAAUUUCAAGUGCAAACUUAUAAGAAAAUAUGGAUAGCCCCAAUAGAGGCAUUUA